AUGGAAGAGCAGUGGAUUUACGUCAACGCCACAGUCAACACUUCUGAUGAAUUCAACUCCACCGAGAGUUCAGACAUGUCUUACGCCAUCGGUCUCUUCCUGUCCUGCCUCUACACAAUCCUCCUCUUCCCAAUCGGGUUUAUCGGCAACAUCUUGAUCCUGGUUGUCAACUUGAACCACCGCGAGAAGAUGACCAUUCCCGACCUGUACUUUGUUAACCUGGCGGUAGCCGACCUGAUCCUGGUAGCCGACUCGCUCAUCGAGGUGUUCAACCUUAAUGAAAAGUAUUACGACUACGCCGUGCUGUGCACCUUCAUGUCACUUUUCCUGCAAGUCAACAUGUACAGUAGCAUCUUCUUCCUCACCUGGAUGAGCUUUGACCGCUACGUCGCGCUGGCCGGCUCGGUGGGCUGCAGCCCGUUGAGGACCAUGCGGCACGCCAAGCUCAGCUGCGGUCUCAUCUGGAUGGCGUCCAUUCUUGCCACGCUCCUGCCCUUUACCAUCGUGCAGACGCAGCACCGCGGGGAGCUCCACUUCUGCUUCGCCAAUGUCUUUGAGAUCCAGUGGCUGGAAGUGACCAUCGGUUUCCUAGUACCCUUCUCUGUCAUCGGCCUUUGCUACUCGCUGAUCGUCCGGAUCCUCAUGCGGGCGCAGAAGCACCGUGGGCUGUGGCCCAGGCGGCAGAAGGCGCUCCGAAUGAUAGUAGUAGUGGUGCUAGUCUUCUUCAUCUGCUGGCUGCCCGAGAACGUCUUCAUCAGCAUCCAGCUACUGCAAGGCACCGCCGACCCAGCUCGCAGGACCACCUCCACACUGUGGCACGACCACCCUCUGGCGGGCCACAUCGUCAACCUGGCUGCUUUCUCCAACAGUUGCCUCAACCCCAUCAUCUACAGCUUUCUUGGGGAAACCUUCCGGGACAAGUUGAGGCUCUUUGUCAAGCAGAAGGCUAGCUGGUCGGCCGUAGGCCUCCAUUUGGGACCUCCGGUCAGGACUGACGUGUCAAGUGUGUAA